CCCUCGACAUGGCGGAAGCGGCGCCUCCAGCGGAGAACCGGGAGGGUUCUGCGGGAGUCCCGGGGGCUUCUGCGCCGGGAGGCGGCGGCGGAGUCCCGGGAGCCGCGGCUGGGGACCGCCCGGUGUGUCUGCUCGUGCUCGGGAUGGCGGGAUCCGGGAAGACCACGUUCGUUCAGAGGCUAACGGCUCACCUCCACUCACACACCUGUCCUCCUUACGUCAUCAACCUGGACCCGGCCGUCCACAGCGUGCCGUUUCCCGCCAACAUCGACAUCCGGGACACCGUCAACUACAAGCAGGUGAUGCAGCAGUACGGCCUCGGCCCCAACGGCGGCAUCGUCACCGCCCUCAAUCUGUUCGCCACGCGCUUCGACCAGGUGAUGCAGUUCCUGGAGAAGAAGCAGCAGAACCACAGGUUCGUCCUCAUCGACACGCCGGGACAGAUCGAGGUCUUCACCUGGUCCGCGUCCGGAACCAUCAUCACCGAGGCCCUGGCCUCGUCCUUCCCCUGUGUGGUCCUCUACGUCAUGGACACGUCCCGCAGCGUCAGUCCCGUCACCUUCAUGUCCAACAUGCUGUACGCCUGCAGCAUCCUGUAUAAAACCAAGCUGCCGUUCAUCGUGGUCAUGAACAAGACGGACAUCAUCGACCACCGCUUCGCCGUGGACUGGAUGCAGGACUUCGAGGUCUUCCAGGACGCUCUGAACCAGGAGACGUCCUACGUCAGCAACCUGACCCGGUCCAUGAGUCUGGUCCUGGACCAGUUCUACGCAGACCUCAGGGUGGUGGGCGUCUCCGCAGUAACGGGAAGCGGAUUGGACGAGCUGUUGGUGCAGGUGGAGGACGCCGCCGCCGAGUAUGACAGAGACUACCGGCCGGAGUACGAGCGUCUGCGCCGGGAGCUGGCAGAGGCUCGCUGUCAGAAACAGAACGAGCAGUUGGAGCGUCUCCAGAAAGAUCUGGGAGAAGUAGACAUGAGGAGCAACACACACUCAGAGGACGUCUCCGGGCCCAGUGACCUCAUCAUGACCCGUGGUAACCAUGACGACCAGGAGGACGAGGAGGACAGCGACACGGACGACAUCGACCACAGCGUGACGGAGGACAGUAAGGAGGACGUCUCCUUCGGAACCUUCCUGAAGGAGCGGAGGGAGGUGAUUGAAGCCCGGGGCAGGAGGUCAGCUCCGCCCCCUGACCCCUGACCCCUGCACGCCCCGCCCCCCAGGACCGUGACCCUUUGACCUCAGUCCACAGAGAAGAAACUAUUUUUAUAUUUUGAGUCUUUGAGCGUUUUGUUAUUGUUUGUAAGACGAGAGAAAAGAACCUCAAUAAAAACCUUCACAGUAAAAGUCCACUGA